CUUCCGUAACUAGAGUGUUGUCUGGAGACCGAAAAUUGUUCGAUUUGGAUUAACUACUGGAUCUGUGCCGUCAGUGAAGUCAUCAAAAUGUUUUCAUUCUUUGGACUUGUGGAGUCUGACUACAUAGUCGAAGUGAAAACUGGCGACACCAUCGGCGCUGGAACGAACGCCAACGUUUCGAUUAUACUCUACGAUGACAAAGGAGAGUCCAGCUCUGCGAUACGACUGGAUCAAAUCAUGACCAACAACUUUGAGAGGGGGUCCAAGGAUGUUUUUCAGAUCUCCAAGUCCUACACUGGAAGCCUGAAGAAAGAGGGUCGCAUUAAGAGAAUCGAGUUCUGGAGGGACGACCACUGUUCCAGCAGCGAUUGGUACGUGGAGAGAAUAGUUGUACAGAACAAGGCCACCAAGAGUCUCUUCGUGUUCCCUGUGUACCGCUGGGUCAACGCCAACUACCGUUACAAGAUUAAGCAUUUGGACACGGCGCUGCCACAACAUGAGGACGAAGAUUUGAAAGAACCAAGAAAACAGUACAUCGCUGAUAAAAGAAAGUAUUACAUUUUGGAUCAGAAGUUUCCCAAAGAGUAUCCUGAUGGACCAGUACAGGUCAAGACUUUGCCAGCGGAUGAGAUGUUUUCCUUCAAUGACAAAUUCUGCUUGUCAACAUUGAUUCUCGGGUUGAAAGUCUCAAGUAAAAUCAUCAAUUACGCUCACGGUGAUUGGAAAAGUAUUGGCGACAUUGCGUCCAUCUAUUCACCUCCAGCAUUCCCAAAGCCUGACAAAGCGUCUUUGUGGACAGACGAUCUAAAUUUUGGCAGGCAGAGAGUUGCUAGUGUCAAUCAUUCGGUCAUUGCAUUGGCUACAUCUAUACCCGAGAAAUUUCCCGUCACCGAUGCACUUCUGGCUCCUCUUUUGGGAGGACUAACAUUACAGCAAGCUUUGGAUAAGAAAAGAUUGUUUAUUUGUGAUUUCCAGAUUCUGGAAGGCCUACCUACACUAAAAGAUCGUGUGCUUUGUGCUCCCAUUGGUCUGUUUUUUGUUGACAUGGCUGAACAGCUCAGACCCAUAGCAAUACAACUGUUUCAAAAACCUGGAGCCGAAAAUCCAAUCUUUACUCCACGCUCACCUAGUCUGACUUGGACAAUGGUCAAGAUGUGGUUUAACAACGCCGACAGUGCCUACCAUCAAGCCUUAACUCAUCUUGGUUUCACCCAUUUGCUCAUGGAGUCAUUCUGCUUGGCAACUCAGCGUAAUCUGUCACAUUCGCAUCCAGUCUAUAAAAUCCUGGCACCACACUUUCUAAAUCUGAUAGCUAUCAACAGUCUUGCAGUGUCUGAGCUGAUCAGUGAAGGCGGAUGGGUGGACAAGGCAAUGAACUAUGGCAAUCAGGGAAUGUAUGCUCUGGUAGCAAAAGCAUACAAACAUUGGAGGCUAGAUGUGGAUGGAACCUUACCUGAGGAUCUGAAGAGAAGAGGGCUGGAUGAUCUAAACGUCUUACCUGGAUACCACUACAGAAAUGACGCCAUCCUGCUCUACAAUGCCAUCGACAAAUACGUGCGGGACUACCUCGCUAUAUAUUAUAGUACGCCUGAACUUGUUAUUGGUGACUUUGAGCUUCAAAACUGGGCUCAGGAAUUGGUCAAAGAGAGAAACUUCGCUGAAGGUGGCAUGGGAAUCAUGGGAAUUCCCGGCAAUGGAGCGCUCAGUACUGUUGAACAAGUGCAACAGAUAGUGACAAGUACCAUCUUCAUCUGUAGUGUCGGUCAUGCCGCCACCAACUUCCCACAAUAUGACGAGUACGGCUUCCCGCCAAACUAUCCAGCCACACUUGUUGAACAGCCACCGAAAGAUGCUAAAGAAGUGAUGACUGAGAAACAAGUCCUAGCAUGUCUGCCCAACAAAGAGAUGACGCUGGAGAUCAUGACAAUGACCAAAGUCUUGAGCACCAAAGGAACUAAAAGCCUUGGAGACUUUGAAGUGCAGCACAUUGUGGAGCCUCAGGCACAGGCUGUUGUGGACAGAUUUAAACAAGACAUUGCUGAAAUUAGCAAAAUCAUCAAAGAAAGAAACGAAUCAAGAUUCCCAAAGUACAAAUAUCUGGAUCCUGAAUAUAUUCCAAAUAGCAUUAGUAUUUAAGAAACCUAGAUAAACCUAGAUUAUUGCAUGUCUCGAAUUCUCAGUAUUUGUAUACAUUGUAUUGUAUACCUUUAAGUUAUUUUUUGAUUUAUCACAUUACAAUUUUAAUCUAAUGUUAACAUUUGUUAGAAAUAAAGCUGCAUUAUCAUGCAAAGAACA